AUGGCGAGUGCGAGUGCGAGUGCGGCUGCGAGCACAAACACAAACACGGAUACGACGGAGUGCACUGCGCAGACGAGCCUCGGGUGCGGGAUGCCCUCCCCGGGCACACUUUAUCUCCUCAUCUUCGUCGGCACGCUCGUCAUCCUGCUGCUCAUCGCCGCCGUCAUGAUCGCCCGCGGCGUCUACCGCCGGCGCCGCCUCCGCGCGCUGGGCCUCCUCCCCCGCCCGCCCUGGCCCGUCCGCGUCGGCGUCCGCCCGCCCGCCAACGCCGACGCAGCGAGGCCACGGCCGAUGAUGCACGAUGUCUAUAUAGAGCCGGAGGACGGGAAGGUACGCGGGGUCUGCAGCUGGGGCGGCAUCGUGCCGCUCUCCGCAGCGCUCCUCCUGCCCGCCCCGGCGGACGCCGGCCCAUUGACGGAGAAGUCGGACUUCCCCCAGCCGCCGGCCCAGCGACGGACGACGAUAUUGCGGCCCGCCGCCGCCGAUAACAGCAUGACGCCAGACUCAGAGCCGCCGUCUCCCAUGUCCCCGACGACGCGCGUCGCGUGCGUCAUCGCGAUGCCCGUGCCGAACCCCGAGCCCCGGGCCGGCGUUCUGAAGAUGCGCGGAGAAGACGAAGAUGGGGAGGAGGAGGACGCGCCGAUCCCAGUCCUCGAGCUCGGGACGGCGGACGUGGAGGUUUGUGGCGCGCAGGAUGCGUAUGGCCUGUGCUUUCCCAUUGCUGACGCGAACUUGGACGCGGCCCCGCCAUGA